AUGGUCAACGCCGCGGUGUGGACAGUGCGUGCAGCCGGAGGCCCUGACCGUGGUCCCCUGACGGCCGUGGCCCGGGGAGGCCCCUGGACGCCAGCCUGGUGUGAGCUCGGCCUGAACCUGAGCAACAGCGACAUCCUGACUAUCUAUGAUGGCGAUGAGGUCAUGCCUCACAUCUUGGGGCAGUAUCUUGGGAACAGUGGUCCCCAGAAGCUGUACUCGUCCACACCGGACCUAACCAUCCAGUUCCACUCGGACCCUGCUGGCCUCAUCUUUGGGAAAGGCCAGGGAUUUAUCAUGAACUACGUAGAGGUAUCAAGGAAUGAUUCCUGCUCAGACCUGCCAGAGAUCCAGAACGGCUGGAAAACCACUUCUCAUACGGAGCUUGUGAGAGGAGCCAGAAUCACGUACCAGUGUGACCCGGGCUAUGACAUAGUGGGAAGUGACACCCUCACCUGCCAGUGGGACCUCAGCUGGAGCAGCGACCCCCCGUUUUGUGAGAAAAUUAUGUACUGCACCGACCCCGGGGAAGUGGACCACUCGACCCGCUUAAUUUCAGAUCCCGUGCUGCUGGUGGGCACCACCAUCCAAUACACAUGCAACCCCGGCUUUGUGCUGGAAGGGAGCUCUCUUCUAACCUGCUACAGCCGAGAGACUGGCACGCCCAUCUGGACGUCUCGCCUACCCCAUUGUGUUUGUGAGUCCUAGCUGCUGACUUGAUGCAGACGGGG